CCACCGGGUGGUGGUUCGCGUCCGGGUUGGCCGAGCUUCGAAAGGGACCUCCCCUCCUCCUCCUCUUCCUCUUCUUCCUCGUCGCCAAGAACCCAGCAGAGCCCGCACAUCCCCCCUCUUCCUUCUCCUGUCCUCCCCCGUGCAGAAAAGGCUCACCUUUUCCAGAUUUUCCCUGCGGUCCUGCGGAGGCGGCCCUGCAACUCCUUGGCCAGCUAGGAUAUACACUGUGAACUGAGGAUAAUGGCGGGCGGUGGCACUCAGCAGAGCCUCAGGAAGUACCUUGGAGCCCUCAAGGACACGACGACCGUGAGCUUGGCGAAAGUAAACAGUGAUUAUAAGGAAUUGGACAUUGCAAUUGUGAAAGCCACUAACCAUAGUGAGCGUCCAUCAAGGGAGAAGUACAUAAGAGAAAUUUUCCUUUCCAUUUCUGCUGCAAGGCCACGGGCAGAUGUAGCUUAUUGCAUUCAUGCCCUUGCGAGGCGUCUUGCGAAGACACGGAAUUGGGCGGUUGCACUGAAGACAUUAAUUGUCAUACACCGUGCCCUUCGAGAAGUUGAUCCCACAUUUCGUGAAGAGCUAAUUAAUUAUGGCAGAUCUAGAUCGCAUAUGCUAAACAUGGCCUACUUUAAGGACGAUUCCAGUUCAGGAGCUUGGGAUUAUUCUGCAUGGGUACGCACUUAUGCUUUAUAUUUAGAAGAGAGACUUGAAUGUUUCCGUGUGCUGAAGUAUGAUGUGGAGUCAGACCCUCCGAGGACUAGGGAUCUUGAUACUGUUGGUGUGCUUGAUCAUCUGCCACCACUGCAGCAGCUUCUUUUCCGACUCCUUGCUUGCCAGCCACAAGGGGCAUCCUCUUAUAAUGUUAUAAUCCAACAUGCACUUUCAAUGGUUGCUUUGGAGAGUGUUAAGAUCUACACCGCCAUUAGUGACGGAACAAUCAAUCUUGUUGACAAGUUCUUUGAGAUGCAAAGAAAUGAUGCUGUUAGGGCACUUGAUAUAUACAAAAGAGCAACUAAUCAGUCUGAGAGAUUAUCAGAAUUUUAUGAAGUGUGUAAAACAAUUCACGUAGGACGUGGUGAGAAGUUCUUGAAAAUUGAGCAGCCCCCGUUAUCAUUCUUGCAAACUAUGGAGGAAUAUGUGGCAGAUGCUCCUGCAAUGAAAGAUAAGGCCAUACUGGCUAUAGAGUACAACAAAGAGCAAGAGGAGGAGGUAAAGCCAACUUCACCUCCUCCUGUUUCAGAACCCGAAGUUGAACAAGAGCCGGAGCCAGAACCAGAACCAGUAACAGAGGAAGCACCUGCAUCUGAACCAGCUGACCUGCUGGGUCUGAAUGAGACACACCCUUCUGUAGCUGAAAUUGACGAGAAGAACGCUCUAGCGCUGGCAAUUGUUCCAAUAGAUGACGUGCCCAAAGCCGCUCCCUCUUUUGAAAAUGGAGUCACGGGCUGGGAACUGGCCCUUGUCACUGCACCCAGUUCAAAUGAAACUGCUGCUGCUUCAGGCAAAAAAUUGGCUGGUGGACUAGACUUGCUCACCCUUGACAGCCUAUAUGAUGACGCGAACCGACGAGCGAGCCAGCCCGCAAGCUAUAACCCCUGGGAGACCCCUGGUGCCGCCCCGAUGAUGCAGCAGCCAGCACCAAUGCAGGAUCCAUUUUAUGGCUCGAACGGGUACGCGGCGCCCCACGCUGUGCAGAUGGCCGCCAUGGCCCAGCAGCAGCAGGCCUUCAUGCUCCAGCAGCAGAUGAUGAUGGCCGGCCACCACCCUCAGGUCCACCAGCAGCAGCAGUUCCAGGCAGCCCCCGCGAACCCGUUCGGGGCCAACCCAUUCGCACCCGCCGUUGCUCACCACCCUUAUGGUGGUGCCAGCACCGGAAUGAUGCCCCUCCACGCAGGCACAGGCAAUGCCUACACCGGGCUGAUCUAGGGAGGAAGUAGUGUGGUUCACAGAUGGAAACUUGCUCUACCCAUGUUCUUUUCACGCUCUUUUUUCCUUGGCCGCCGCUGUGACGGCAUGUUGUAGCACAGGUAGGAGAAGGGAGUGACACAACUGUUGAACGGGAGUGAGGGGUGUAGCUCUGUUCAUUGGAUCGGUCCGAGUUGGCGCUUGUGUAUUUUGUAUAUGGCGUUUUUCGUAUGUGCAGGUGAGUGGGGAUAUAUACACGUCUGGAGAUUGGAUUAUUCAUGGACAGUUGGUGCGAUGAACAAUAAUGUGAAAAUUCUUUGUAGUGUAAAGGAAGAUCUGUGCUGUUUUUGUGCAA